AACCUAAGUUGGAUAAAUGAAAUUUAUCGAAGCGAAAAAUUUUUCAAACGAAUACUAUUAGUGUAAGUGCGUGUGUAAUCAGACAAUCAGCGACCAAGAGUCGUUCUCGAAUUUUUUUAUAUCUUAACUCUGUAUUUUACUAGUUACAAUAAUUAGUAUGGGACGACCGGGUCAUCGUCCUUUAAAUAAAAAUAUAAAUUUCAUUUAAACUAUUCUAAACACUAAUUAGAGGCGAAAAAUUUAUUAUAUUCAUUUAUAUUGGUAUUCAAAAGAAUGAUGGAUAAUUACUACCGUAAUCAGAACACUGAACACCAAGGAAUGAUUCAGUUACUCAAAUGUGCAAUUAAAUAAUCAACUGUAACGAUAUAUUGUGUACGAAUUUUUAGCGUGAAAAUCAACCUUUCAAAAAAUACGCGCACAUCUGUUGAUAAUUUCAGAACGACGCGAUAUCGAAACCGCGUGGUUCCGGUAGAACGUUGUGGGCAAUAUGUCAAAAAAUUGUUACUCCUGAAAAUGAUAUUUAUGCGCAUCGAAUUUGAAGUAACUUCGAAUCUUCAUGACCGAAUGUAUUCGUUACGCUCGCUUUUGAUCAACAAGAUUUCACGACCAAUGAUUUAUUAAUGAGAGAAUUUCGCAUAACCUCUGUACCUCAGUUACAGAGUCUGUAAUUAAUCGCGAUCAUGGAGAUAAAUCCGUUAAGCAUAAUUCUUGUGAAAAGUGAUAGCAAAGGUGACAGACUUUUGUUCCGAUAUCCGCACGUAGCGAAACAUACACGAGAUUCGAAUCAAUGCACUAGAAGAAAAAAUCCUUAUUCGCUGACUAUCACGGAGGAUUUGUUGCAGUCCUCGACCUUUCCAAUUUCCAACAUAAACAAUGGAAAUUUAACCGGAGUAACUGACGAAGUGUUGUCGACGUUAUUUGCUGUUAAGCCAGAACUAUGCGAGCAGAAAUUUGAGUUGAAAGUAAACGAUGUCCGUUUCGUUGGGCAUCCGACCCUGGUUCCGUCUCACGGAAUGAAGGAGGUCAAUUCAAUGCUUUUCAAUAUAGUCUUUGCCUUGCAAGCUCAAGCCAGUCACUCUAUAGUAAAGUGUUACUAUGACUUAAGCAGAAGGUUGGGCAUAGCUCUGAGGCACGAAGAAAAGAGAUGCGGAUUUUUAACGGAAGAGAUAAAAAUUAUGGUAUCCACGCACGACGAAGUUGCUACUAGAUCAGAAGGUGAAAGUGAUUGCGAUGAAUCACCAUAUGAAUUGAUAUUGCAAAGGAGUUCACUUUCCCGCGACUUGAAAUCUGUGUUUAGCAGUCUGACAACUUCUGGAAUAAUUAAUAUUAUGAUCAAUAAAUGGAUUCAAGUACGUUUCUGUCUUCCACAAAAGGUUCAUCAAUCUCACAAAAAAGGAUUUGUUAUUAAUCCAGAAAUAAUAGAUAAAUGUUUGAACAGUUUAAGGCCUUAUCACGGUAUACUGUUACUCAUUGAACCUUUAGAUUUACUGGAUUCACUUCCGAUAGAUUCUUCUCCUGCUCUUAAACGUCUAAUUCAAAUGUAUAGUCCUCUAAAAAGUCUACAAACUCUAGCUGCUGACUCUGAUUUAACAUUAACUCAAGUUUUCCAAUUAACUGGUCAUUUAAUAUAUUGGGCUAAAGCUACUAUAAUUUAUCCUCUUUGUGAGAGCAAUGUUUAUGUUGUAUCACCAGAUGCUAUUAUCACAAGUCAAUUGUUAGAGGUAUUUUCUGAAGAAUUUCCUGGGCUUUGUCUCUUACAAGUUCUUAAUGAUUUUUCACUACCAACUUCUAUAAGUCAACAAUUAAAUCCUUUGAGUCAAUCGCAACAACAAACGCAAUUAGUAAAAAUAAUAAUUUGGCUACUAAAAAAUCAUUUACUUUUACAAUUACACACGUAUGUACAAUAUAUGCCAACUGUGCAUGGACGAGUAUCCUUGGAUGCAAAAGAUGAAUUGAAUCAUAAUAUAAAUGAAAUCACAGAAAAUAAUAGUGCAUGUAAUUUAAAUGAUGUUACAAAAAGUACUUCUGCUGAUCUAAAUGAAGAAUUAUCAAUGACACUUCACAAAGAAAAUGGAAUAUACAAUUAUCAAUCAGAAGAUUAUGACAUUCCUUCUGAUGAUAGAAAAUUACUUGACAGACUAUGCCGCCUUGGUUACUUUAAUGGAGGCCAUCAUUUAGAGGAGAUUAUGUAUUUAGAAAAUAUCCGUAGAUCGCAAUUAUUGCAGAUCCUAGAUAAGUUUCGAGAUGUAUUAAUUACAUGCAAAUGUGAAGAUCCUGCUAUAGCUCUUUUUUAUAGUCAAUUUGGCUCUUAACAUUUUAAUGUUGAAUAAAUAUAAACAUGAAAUUUUUAAUUGAAAUAUUUAACAUUUAAAUUGUAUAUAAACUACAUUUCACAAACAUUUCUAAUGUUAUUUCGAAUGUAAUGUUAUAAUGUUAUAAUAUUACAUUUAUAUUUAAAAAAUUCAAUUUUAUGAUACUAUUUAAAAUUUGUUCUUUUUAUUUUAUAUAAUUAAAAACAUUUAUUACAAAAAAAAUUCUUAUAAUUUACAUGACAAAUAUUUAUCCUUA